AAAUUUACCAGUGUUGAUUUUCCAGUGUUACAAUAAAGUGUUAAAAUAAAGUGUUAGAUCAACACUGAACAGAAUGGGUCUAACACCAGAAGUGUCAGGUUUCAAAUAAGAGUUGGUGUUAUUUUACAUAGUUGCAGACGUCAACUCUCAUUCAGAGUUAAUCAUGCCACACCUCCAUUAACGUGCAGACAGACGUCAUUUUUUAUCGAAACAGACCACAUGCAGACGCCAUUUUACUUCGCUGGAAGCGUGGUGGUAAGUCUUUCAAUUUAAUGUUAUAUUACAGAUACAGACUGUAAAUGUAUUCUAAUUUAUAAUUUGUAUAUAAUCAUUAUAAUUCAAUCACAGAUAAUUAUAAUAAUGAUUGAGAAAGCCAACGAGCUCUGACAUUUGCUUUUUGUAAAUUCAUCCUAUGUCAUGCCCCUUUAUCAACGAAUUAAAGCUUUGAAUAUAACUUAACGUUAGUAGUUUCGUCUGUCAUUUCGUGUGUCGCACACAGCAGUCAUUUUUAUUGAUUAAAGUCUGAUCGUGUUCUUUUCAAAAUAAGUCUAUAAAGUCGCGCGCCCGCGCCAUUUUACAGGUGAACUGUGGCACGUGGAAUUUCUGCAGUCCUCUAACGUAAACAGAAAAUGUAUAUAUCAAUAUGGUUAUUGGCCUAAAAAAGAUUGUUCAGAUUUUGUUUUAAGAUUCGGCUUUGAUUUCUGCUGAUCGUUGACCAUGCUUCUGGGACCUUCAUGGUUUUGAAUUGUGGUAACUUGAUACGUUUUAAUGUCGAUGUUUGAGCAGCGUUAUAUGAUUUGUGUUUUAUACAGUCUAUGGUCAGACGUGGUUAACGUUAGUUUAAUUAUUUUAGUGAAUUAAAGUACUCAAUUACAUUUUAAGGAGAAAAAAAAUGUAAUGUGUGUUUUCGUAUUAACAAAGUCGUGGAAUAUAUUGCUGUCUCAUUUCGGAGGCUGCGUCCUGGUCGCAUUUGAAAGCUGCAUACGUCAUUGGGGAAGUCUCAUUUGAGAAAAGUGGACAAUGUCGACAAUUAAAACCAAUUUACCACAGAUAUUUUUAUGUAAAAUGUAUCGGCAAUAACGAGGUUUGACCAUUGGGGCGCUGUACGUAGCGUAAAACUGUAUUGCUAGUCUUUCCGGAUACAAUAGAUGAAGAAACCGCGCGCUUAUUUAGACUGCAGGAGGAGGAGAGUGUGAAAGUUUACACGGAGACGAAAAUGCCAGGAGUUCAGGUGCUUAAUCACAAUGAUUGUCAAAGCACAAUUUAGGAAUAGGAAGAAAUUCAUAAAAAUCUCAGAGGCGUGCUUUGAUUUAUUCCUAGCAGAGGUGAAAGAGAAGUUCUCAAUUCCAGACGACCUUGCUAUUACAGUUACAGAUGAAACUGGUACAGAGGUGGAUAAAGAUGUGUUUCCUGAUCUAAUGUCCACCAGUGGGUUGGUUUUAGUCAUAAAUGAGUUGACUGACAUUUGAUCUUCCACACCUCAGUCUUCAGUCAGCUUGGAUACAGAUACACUGUCUCUAACUUCAAAAAGCAGUGAAGAGAGUGACUGGUUUAGUCCAAAACGAUUCAGAAAGGAUGAUGAUGAUGAUGUGGCAUCACAACGAGCACAGGCCAGAGAUCUGAUAAAACAAAUUCUACAGACAAGACCAGGUGGAGGAAAUGUGCUUAAGGAGUAUGAAGAUACAGGCACAAUUAGUGAUGACACAAGGAAAGUGAUGGUGAACAUCUUAGUUGCACACAUGAUGGAGACAGAAGGAAGGGUCCCACAUCGACUUACCAAACAGAAGUAUGGAUUGGGAAUUAUCACCUUGUUUCCCUCACUCAGAGAUCCCCAAGGAAGGACUGGAUAUGAACAUUUCUAUGAUGGCCAAAAAAACACUGGAUUCUUGUCAUGGCGCCUCAAGACAGUACAAAGGGGGACAAGACCUUCUGGAAAUAAGGACGAUCCAAAAACAGAAGAAAAGGGAGGUCCUUUGCUUGACAGACAGCUAUGUUACCAAGAACAUCAGCUAGAUAAUGAUCAAAGUGUAGAGGCCAUCUCUUUGAUGAAUCAUACAAGUGAACGUGAGGUCAUCAUGCAGAAGAUGAAGGCAACGUUUGAAUACAGACAGCACCUUGUCCAUGAUCCAGAGGGAUCCACCACCAUUCUCUCUGUUUUUCCUCGAUUCCUGGACACUAAAGGAUUGAUUCUUCAGGACUUCACACUCCUCUUUGGGUCAGAAACUGCUUCCAGACUUUUGGAAAGGUGGCCGACAGUUUUCAAAGCAAAGGUUAUCAGGCUAGGAGAAACCUUGACUUCCACUCCACUGCUGAAAAGAUUACUGUCAUCUGCCAAACAGAGCAAAGAAAGCAGCGAGGCACAGGAUUCCCCAGAGUGGGACAGUGAUAUAUCAUCCUUCCUUCUACUUUUGCAUCUCCUAUCACCCCAGGCUUCAGGAAGAAAGAAAAUCCAAAGGAUCAGUAUUUCACAGGCUAUUGACCAUCUGGUGGUGUUUCACAAAGCAUGCAGGAGUAUACAGGAACACCUUGAGCUGGAAGAGAAUCGUCAGCCAUACAUUCUUGCCUCAGGGAGCAGCAAGGAAGCCAUCAGUCACUACUUCAUUGUGGUGGAUAAAAAGCUCAUCCCCUGUCAAGAAUCCUCUUCACUGGCUGCCAUUGAUGAACUCUUCAAGGUUCAUUUUGUUUUCAGUCUCAGUUAUGAUCCUCCACUCAAAAAUUGGUACACUUUUCUCCAGACUACAGUGUACAAAAUUGAUGUUGGCACCACAAGUGAGAGCCCAAGAGUAAAGGAGCUUAGAGCUAAGUUUUUGAAUGAUGUUUAGAUGCUAUAUCUGUAAAUCACUGUUUGCUACAAUAGCUAAAUUAAUUCGGCACCUAAAACUUGUACAUGGUUUAUAUCCUGGUAAGAAAUUUGGUCUGGUUUGUGAUCAGGAUGGUUGUUCCUUGCAAUUUAAAAGUUAUGAAGGG